AUCUCACUAGCUGGAGCUGGAGGCUCUCGGGAGCAGGUGACAUCGUCAUGGCUCAGUUUGCUGAGGUUCUGGAGCAGGUGAGGCUGGUCCUCACCUGGGCUAUCCCGGGCGAGGUCCUGGCUCUACUGGAGGGUCUGGUGGAAGAGGGGAUCAUCUCGGAGGCGUACAUGAAGAGUUUGAAUCUGCACUGGCUGAAUGAUGGGAUCGUGUCUAAAUUAACGAGGAAACCAGGAUGUGACGAGCUGGAUGAGGACUUCAAUUCUCAGGGAUCAACGGCACAGUGGUACCUCAACCAAGAACCGAUGACCCAACUCAGGACAAACGGAUCAAAGUCUCUUGUAGGCAACCACAAUGUGGAACAAAUUGUAUCAGUCUCAUCAACAGAGGAACCCACCGGCGCGAGGUUUAACGUUCAACGGAACGGGUCACGCGAUUGCGAAACUCCAAAGCAAAACCAGGAGGAAAUGCAGAAACUAUUGGAAGACGUUUUGAUGGACGUGUCCUGCUUGAAUCAAGAACUCUUUUCCUCACCAUCCGCGUACGACUGCACUCUAAGAUCCAGCGAUGUGAAAGGAGAACUGCUGAGCAGUGCAAGCAGAGAGCCUGCAAGUGAUAACGAAAGCAUAUUCAGUUUGGGGAAUUUGGAAAAUGAGGAGGAGUGGUUAGAGCAGGUAGAAGAAGCAGCCAGGAGAAUAGCAGUCCCUCUAUGGCAGAACUGGCACAGAGGACGAGGGAUGUUGCAGACCUUGCUUGCCUGUGUGCCGAGCGGCUGUUCGGUAAGUGAUGGGAUGGUGUCAGAGGGAGACCCCCAGUGUGCGGUUUUGGACGUGGAGAAGGAAAUGGAACUUGCAGCCGCUUGCAGGACGCUUGAUGCCUGCGUUGGCGACUUUGAUUUUGCAGAGCCAAGCUUCGCGGAUGAUACAGAUGCAGGCAGGUCAGAACGAGAAGGGCUUCACGUCUCUACACCGAACGCAGAGGAUUUCAGAGUCUUCAGCGCGGCAAGAAGCGCCUCACCUGUUGAGGCCUGCAAAGCAACAGAAGCAGGCGACUUCACCAAAAUGGCAGAGGACCCGUUCAAUGUUGUCUGGCCUGCGGACAAGAUGGCAGAUGCAGGGGAUGGCCGGUUCUGUUUGACGGCAGACGCAGUAUGUCAACAAUGUGGAUUAAACGCGGGAUUGCCGGAAAGCGCCUUCAGGCACCUCCUCUUCACAGGUGCGCCUGAGGACGCCAGAACUGUUCUGCAAGAUGACUCUCAGUACAGUCCGACGGAAGGAUUACCAGAUUAUCUGAACGAUGUUUUCGAAGAUACAGGAGCGUCCGGAAUAGACCAGUUUAGAGAACUGCAUGAGAAAAUGGAUUUACUCUACGAUGCCAAGAUGCAGGAAUUGGACCAGGACAACUUGGGCCUGUUCGACUUGCUGCCUGAGGACCUUUCAAAAUUUUUGGACGAUGAUUACUUAGUCACUCACCUGGAUCCAACCAUGCUCUUGGACCUUGAUCUCGGGCCUGAUUGCGUGGAGGAAAUAAUCGACACCGGGACUCUGCCAUGUGGUCUUUCAGCUUACGAUCCAGGUGACGCUCUAGUGACACUGGAGAUGUCUGACCUGGUGAACGAGCAGCGGGAGGAGACCAAGCCAACAAGCCCGAUAAAACCGAAGAGAAAAAGGCAGAGAGAUGCGCUGUCCAAACGGUACACUAAGGGAAACUCCAGGGUGAAAAGGCAAAAAGCAAUAGAUCCACCAAAGUCCCUGGAAGCAACUGCUGUGCCAGCUUUCAUGCAUGAAAGCAAUAAGUCACCUGCUGCUGCUGCUUUUGCAGGCGCGGACGCUGAAGCAGUGCCAGUUCCAGCAGAGCCUGUGAAAGGCCUCUCCAGCACACCGCCAGGAAUCCUCCAAGUCUUUCCGUCCCAGUCUACCAGUCCCAUCCCCAUUCAGUUCAUCACAAUCCCAGACUCCUCUGCUUACAAGGUGGUCCAGCUGUCCUCCCCUCCUCCGCCGCUUAUUAGACUGCCACUUCACAGUACAGCUGUAAUGCCUACGUACAUCUUCGUUCCCGCACCCUCUCCGACCCGCCAACGUCAAGUUCCACCACUCUCUCCAGCGGACGGCGCGGUGGCGCCCGUUCUGACGAGUUCGUUUCAGCCAGGUUCCAUGUCGGACACAGCAUGCAAAGCCAUGUCCCCCACUGCUGCACCCCCUCCAUCCCCUACAAACGAAACGUCGCCGUGUAAGGAGUCGCCUAAGUCCCCUACAGUUUUAGAAAUCCCCCAGGCGGUGAAGGACUACAUCCAGCAGUCUAAAGCACACAUGAGUCAAGCCUGCCAGCAUAUGGAGGCGGGCCUGAGGCUGAGUGACCAUUACGUGGAGGUGAGCGUGAGCCAGAGGGAGAUCCUACGCUCUGGGAAAAACACAAACAGAUGCUUGGAAAAGGAGCUCAUCAUCACCGGAGAUAUAGACCGUCAGAAGAACUCCGUGGGACAGAGUCAGAUCUUUGACGGCCCGAACGGUAAACGCUACAAUCUGCUGCUCGGCAACGCCGGCAUGGGGAAAACCACUCUGAUCAAGAAGCUGUGUCUCGACUGGUCCAAAGACUGCCUCCCUCAGUUUGACUUUGUCUUUCUGCUGGACGGCAGACUGCUCACGUCAGCAGAGCCUGUCCACAGCCUCCAGACGCUGCUGCUCAGCCAGUCCUCCUUUGCCUCCCCCUGCGCUGACCCCGAGCAAGUGUACGCUCAGGUCCUCGCGGCUCCCAAACGCGUUCUUGUUGUGUUCGACGGCUUCGAUGAGCUGCGGGACUAUGAAACGCUGCUCCAGACGCAGGAGAAGGACUUGGUGGCGUCCCUGCAGAGAGGCAGCAAGGCUCCGGCCUUUACCGUGAAGCAGCUCUUCUCCGGGAUCCUUCAGCGGGUCCUGCUUCCAGGCUGCACGCUCCUCCUCGCCACCCGCCCGAGAGGCACCGCCAGCCAGUUGCUCCGCCGCGCAGACAGCUUUUUGGAGGUUUGUGGCUUCACUCCGUCACACGUGGAGACGUAUGUGUCCCGGUACUUCGCCGAUCCUGAGCUUAGAGCAUCCGCUUUGGACUUGUUAAAAAGCUGCAGCUACCUCCAUCGCCUCUGCUGGAACCCCGGAGUCUGCCGCUUGGCGUGCGGCGUUUUGGAGCAGUGCAAAGGUUCGGAGGCCUUACCAAGAACUUUGACCGCGCUCUGUCACGAGGUGCUCUGCUUGAAACUGGAAAAAGCCGGCGGCGGUGCGCGGUCGCCGGCUGAGGCCGAGAAACAAAAAACUGUCGAACCUGCAGAGGAAGCUCUGACCGAAAUCUCAAACAAUCCUCGGGGGAGGAGAGGACAGAGCCAAAGUCGCACAAGGGCCAGAGCGGCAGUGCGCACUGGUUCUCGCUGCCAGAGAGCAAGGAGAACAAAAGGACAGGGGAAACCAGAUGAGGACAAUGUUUGUAAGGACGCCAACCGGACAGGAGACCUGGAGUUGCUGUCCCACCUCGGCUCUCUGGCCUGGGAGGGGGUCAAGUCCAACUCGUCUAUCGUUCCCAGAGGACGGACCGUUUCCACCAAACUCAGAGCGUUCGGCUUGAGGACCGGCCUGCUACUGUCGCAGUCUUUCACGAAAAGCACAUCUACCGAGAAGGAGGAGACCGAGGCAAGAGGAAGAGACGAUAACAAUGGGACAGGAGGAGUAGCGGAGGGAGAGUGCAAAGAUAAGGAAGGAAACACCGAAGCCCUCUCUGACUGUGAAGACAACAUCUUGUUGUGGGCCAACCCGUUCCUUCAGAGUUACAUGGCUGCUGUCCAUUUGGUUUUUUCAAGGGCUGUGACAGAGCGCUCCUUCCUCCAGACCCUGCCUUUCCAGUCAGGUGCAAAAGGUCGACGGAAACCUCAGAGGGAGGAGCUGGAGCUCACCCAGCGGUUUGCAGUGGGCCUCCUGUUCCACGACACGACAAAGCUGCAAAGGCUCCAUUCCCUCUCGGACGCAGCCUUCACGGACAUUGUUGCCAGCAGGCAGGCGUUGGUGAUGAAACACCUGGAGGGUCUGUCCUUCGGGGACCUGAGCCCAGCUCAGGUACUGGAGGUCUGCAACUACGUUUAUGAAGCAAGUUUCACGCACAAAGAGAGUGGGCAGGACACCGGUGGCAAAAUGCUGGCCCAUCUGGCCGUACACCUUCCUGAAUUCUUGACAUUUCGGGGUGUUCCCCUCAGUCCGCCUGAUGUGUUCACAGUAGAGAACGCUCUCAGUAAGGGUGGAGCUGAGGGCAGAAGUUUCUGUUUGGAUCUGGAAGACUCCGGGAUACCGAUCUGUGGACUUAAAGCUUUGGUGGGCCUCAGCAACAUCAAUACAUACAGGGCCUGCAUAGCAGACGUCGUCACGCUGUGGGAGGAGCUGGAGAGGAGGGGCGACGAAAGCCUCCUGCAGGGAGCGGUGUCCAAGUUCACAAUCCAUCCGCUGAAAGCCACGCAGGUCCGUCACAUAGAGCAUCUGGAAAAGCUUGUCGGCAUACACACCCACAAGAGGCUCUCAGACAGCUCCAGCCAAUCAGGCUCCGUCCUGGCAGAGGGGGUGCCAGCCGUCAAAGAGCUGCACAAGCUGGAAUUUCAGCUUGGCCCGGAAAGCGGACCCUUGGCUCUCCCCAAGCUGUGGGCCCUACUGCCUGGGCUACAAAACCUUCAGCACUUGGAUGUGGAAAACAGUAAGAUCGGAGACAAAGGAGCGGAGAAACUGGCAAAUGCCUUAGUCUCUCUUCGCUCUCUGGAGAUACUAAAUUUGUCCGAGAACUGCAUAGGAGACCAAGGGGUGAAAAAACUAGGUGUCGCCCUGAAGGAUCUGCCCAAACUGCACUGCUUAAGUCUGUACAGCAAUGUGAUUUCUGACGAAGGAGCAGAGAGUUUAGCAGCCGUCCUCCCACACAUGGCUUCUCUUACGGACCUCGACGUAAAAUAUAACAAGAUGACAGAUGUUGGCGCACAAAGCUUGGGAGCCAGUUUGAAAAAGUGCAAAAAAGUGAAGACUUUAAGGAUGUGGAACCAGUGCAUUCCAUAUGGAGUUUUUGAGAGACUUCAGCACCAGGACAGCCGCAUUCUCUGCCAUUAGCAUAAUCCUAAAAACAAAACCAAAAAAAAAAAAAAAACUCUACCUUGCACUAAACUCUAGACUGGUUGCUCUUAUAUCACUAUGAACACUAUGCAUUAAAUGUUCUAAAAGCUUUGAAAGCAUGACAAAGAUAGAAAGUAAGAGCAUGUGAAGAUUUGCACUACAACAAUCAGCUGCUACUUAACUCAUCAGGUAAAGAUUUCAACUACUCUUCUAAGCAUAAAAACACCCACACCACUCAGGAUCACCUGUAUAGAACGCUUCAUGCAAACUUAAAAGGGUACUUUGCACAAUUCAGUGCUCUCCAUAUGGAAAGCUUGUUUUCUCAAUCAUUUUUUGUGUGUUUUUAUGAGUUUUUAUUUUGUUUGUUUGUUUGUUUGUUGUCGGGGGGGGGUACAGGGGGUUGUGAAUUGCAGAUUGUUUCCUUGUUACUUUUUAUAUACAUAUGUAUUUUAAUUGUGGUGUCACAUGUUUCUUUUAAUUUUUUUUCCACUAAAUGCGAGGGUUUAUUAAACCCCCCCCACCUUUCACUUCCUCUGCUGCAUGUUUCUGUUCUCCAUUUUUACACCGACUGACCUUUAAGACGACGGCGCUGUUUGCAGCUCUCUGUGGUUUUCAGGGAAGCACAACAUCUACAGCAUUAGCCUUUGUACGCAGCUAUGCUUGGAUCCAAUGUUACAAAUGUGGAGCUGAAUCUCAAUGUUGGUCUGCUUGAAUGGUGCUAAUGACCUCUGCUGCAUUGACAUUCCAACUCAAACACAAACCUAAUAAAUGAAUUUAAAUCUUUGA